UUAGUCUUCUUGUUUCACCAUUAAUCUCAAUAUAACCAAACUUUUAUCAAGAUCAUUCUCCUCUUGUGCCAAAGGAAAGACCUCUAAUGAAUAUAUAUAAGAGAGUGGCGUUUCUUUUCAUCUUUCUGACAAUCUCUUUAGUGGCAACCAACGCAAGUCCAUGGAUACCGAUGGACGGAAACAAUCCUGUUAGCUAUUGCUUAAGCUGGAGGCUAGCAAUAGAAACCAACAACGUACGUGCGUGGCGCACUGUUCCUCUACAAUGUAUGCGUUACGUUGAGGUGUACAUGCUUGCUGGUCAAUAUGACAGAGACGUUGAGUUGAUUGUGGAACAAGUUAGGGCUUAUCUCAAUGAGAUAGUCCUUCCUGGUGAUGGCAUGGAUGCAUGGAUCUUGGAUGUUGAUGAUACUUGCUUCUCAAACGUCUACUAUUAUCGGCUCAAGAGAUACGGAUGCGACCCUUAUGAUCCAACUGGAUUUAGAACAUGGGCCAUGAAAGGAGAGUCUCCAGCAAUACAACCUGUUCUUGAACUCUUCAAUGAUCUUAUAGAAACAGGGUUCAAAAUUUUCCUAGUAACCGGGAGAGACGAAGAGACCCUUCGCCAAGCAACAGUAGAAAAUUUGCAUAAUCAAGGCUUCACUGGUUAUGAAAGGUUGAUUAUGAGGACAGCAGAGAACAAAAGACAAAGCGCAGCAACAUACAAAACAACAAUCAGAAAGCAGUUGAUGGAAGAAGGUUACAGGGUAUGGGGCAAUGUAGGUGACCAGUGGAGUGACAUACAAGGAGAAUAUUCAGGAAACCGCACCUUCAAGAUUCCUAACCCUAUGUACUUCGUUCCAUAACCAAAAAAAAAAGAAAUUACUAUAAUCAUUUUCAGCCAAUUAAUUACAUGUACAACGUGACAGUAUAUACACAACUUGUCAUUAUAUACCAAAUCACAUUUCAAAGAAAGUAUAGUGGACAGAAAAAAUAUGGAUAUAAUAUCUGAAAUAAAUAAAAAUUACUGUAAUCAUUUCCAACCAAUCAACUACAUGUAUAACUUGACAGAAUAUACACA